UGUCCUGGAGGGGGCCUGAUUUCUUCUGAGACACUCAGGAACUUUGAUCUAUUUAUCUUCAAGGGACUUUAAAGAGGAAAUUAUAAUAUUUUUCUUUAUUUUACUGAUAUUCUCUUAGCUUUCUGGUUCAUGAAAAUUGGUGCAGUAUACAUUCAUUUUAAGAUGUGGAUUUGGAUUCUGAUUGGUCUUAACAGCAUCACAAAGCUGCAUGGGUAUACAGAUGGUGACUUCCCACAGGCAUGUGAAACAAUGUUACCUGCUCAUGGAGCUUUAGCUCCUCAAACCAGUGUCCCCCCCCUUUGAGAUUGAGUUGCUUCCCAACACCAAUCCCGGAGAGCCUGUUACAGUUACCCUCAAGAGCACGGGAUCCUCACAGUUUACGGGAUUUCUGUUAGAGGCUCGAGAGGCUGCAAAUGAAGCACGUCUAACUGGAAAAUUUGUUCCAUUUGAUCCUAUUAAUACUCGACUCCUUUUAUGCAGUGGUUUAGAAGAUUCAGCUGUUAGUCAAAGAUCCAAUAACGAAAAGUCUUCAAUCCAAUUUAACUGGACUGCAACAGAAGCAGAGCAGGACAUCACGUUCAGAGCAACAUUUGCGAUAUCUUUCGCACAUUUCUGGGUAAAUGUGACCAAAACUUUACCUCAACGCAAUACUACAACAACAACUACACCAAAUCCAACUACCGCACCAGUUCCAACUACCGCACCAGUUCCAACUACUGCACCAGAUCCAACUGUCACCACCCCUUCAUCUCCUAAUACAGUCAACACAUCCAAUGAGGAAGAGCUUGCAGGUAUUGCACUGAUGUGUUUUGACUCUAUUUUGAUGGAGGGGGAAAUGGCAAUAUCCAGUAUAGCCAAAAUCUUACUGACCAGUGAGGCCUUUUAUCAUCGUCUAUAUGAGGUGUCUAAGAUAGCGGGCAACAUGCUUUGUGCCGCUGUUGAAAUAUCGUCCAUGAUCUUGUUAUGUAUGGGUGAUUGUUGGAAAGUCACUCUCAUUGCUCUUGUGUGUGUGGUGACAGUGAUUAAUUUUGCGGAAAUGGUAAUUGUGUCUCUGAAAAUUGGACGCAGUCCUAAAGUAAAGAAGAGCUGUGACAUUGCUGUCAGAGUUUGUUUUGUUAUCCAUAAGAUUUUCACAAUUGCUGUCAUAUUUCUUGGUGUUAUGGAAAAUGAUGACUGUGGAAAUAAUGUAAGCGACUCUUGGCUUCUGAAAGUGAUGAUUGCUUUUACAGUAUGGGAUUUCCUGCUUAUAAUCUGGGUUGUCAUGCUGAGCACUGAAAGAACAGAUCAUUUACAAACAAAUGAAAGAAACAAGCGCCUAAGGAGAUGGAAGAGCCUGAGAGUUGCUGAAAUGAUCAAUAUUACUGUGUCAGUAAUCCUCAUCGCUGGAUCCAUUUCAUUUCCUGUAGCUGUCAUUGUUGCCCUGUUUACUUGUCGGAAAAAUUAGUUUUGUGCACCGUGGUCUGUGGAAAUAUGUGAUACAUUUGAGUCACAACUGGAUUUCUGUCGACAAUAAUUUAUCUGUUAUGUCCUAUUUUUAUUCACAUACAUGUAAGUUAUUCAGAAAACUGUGGGAACCUGCCGGUACCUCAUUUAAUGUAAGUGCUGCUAGAGUGUAAUUUAUUGUAUGCCAUAACUUUUCAAUACACCAGGCAGACUACACAGACUAUAUUAUUUUAGUACAUUACAUAGCUGGUUUUUCAUUCUCAAGGAAAGUUGACUGAACUAGGUUAAAUUACAUCUUAUUAGAGUUAAGCCCAUACUACAAGGGUGAAGUUAGAUCACUUAUAUAUUGCCAUUUGCAAUACUUUGCAAUGUCUUGGAGACAUUUUCAUGGAGCCAGAUUAAGAAAAAAAAAGCUUAAUGAAAAACUGCUAUUUAAUUAUAUUUAAAGGGAUCGAUCACAUCCAAUGCUGGUCAUCUGAUAAACUAUGUUGACUCUUGAUUUUCUAACUUCUUAUAACUCAGGUAUAAUAAACGGUGUAAAGAGGACGUCAAACGUGGGGCAUUCACGAGUUUUGGUCACAUGAAACAACAGUACGUACUGAAAAUAGAUCAUGAAGUCAGAGUCAGACUGCUGUCUCAUGAUUCAGCCUGAUACCAGCAAAGUAAAAUGGCUCUAUUUUGGUGGGAUUUGACUGAGUUCAAAACAUGCAGCAUGCUGGUAUGGUAACCUUUGUUUCUGUCUAUGGUCUAUUUGAUGACUCACCCAGUUAAAGUCUGCCAAGAUACAGAGACGCAUGUAUUAAUUACUUAGCAAAUGAUUGAACUGGCUGUAACUUCCUUGUGGGUUGUUUUUAGGGUUGAUAUUCUUCAUUAAUGCAGCAGCUUCAAUGUUUAGCUUCACUUUGAUACAUGUAAAUAA